UACUGAAAGAUAAUGGCUAUUUCCUAACACCACGCGCCAAUGGAACCUGGUUGGUUGGAACUGCAACAAAUAAAAUAAAGGAGAGAGUUGUUUAUUUUGCUGCAACCAAAAGCAGGUCAUCUUCAUCUUCAUUUCAAUUUCAAUCAAUAAACAUGGCAACCAUUCAUCUUUCUUCAGCAACUUCCCUGCUCUUCCAAUCCGAACUCUCUCCCUCCAAACGCAGAACCAAACGAAUCCCUAAAAUCACCAUUCUAGCAAACCACGCCCAACCGACCCAAAUUAACUCCUCCAACGGCUCUCCCUCCGUCGGCAACGCAAACUCUUCGUUCGAGGUUCAGGUGAGUGAUCAUGGCGUGGGACAGGCAGGACCGAAUUCCGAGGCGCGUAAGAAAACUAAGAUCGUGUGCACGAUAGGUCCAUCCACGAGCUCACGUGACAUGAUAUGGGGCCUGGCUGAAGCCGGAAUGAACGUGGCGCGUUUGAACAUGUCGCACGGGGACCACGCCUCGCACCUGCAGACUAUUGAAUUGGUGAGAGAGUACAAUGCUCAGUUUCAGGAUAAGGUCGUGGCCAUCAUGCUCGACACCAAGGGUCCUGAAGUUAGAAGCGGGGAUGUGCCUCAACCAAUUUCACUUAAAGAGGGGCAAGAAUUCUAUUUCACCACCAGGAGAGGGGUCAGCACGGAAAGCACAGUUAGCGUGAAUUAUGAUGAUUUUGUGAAUGAUGUGGAGGUUGGAGAUGUGUUGUUGGUUGAUGGAGGAAUGAUGUCUCUUGCUGUAAAGUCAAAGACAAAAGACUUGGUUAAAUGUGAGGUAAUUGAUGGUGGUGAACUGAAAUCUAGGCGUCAUUUAAAUGUCCGUGGAAAAAGUGCUACACUUCCUUCCAUAACUGACAAGGACUGGGAAGAUAUCAAGUUUGGGGUGGACAAUCAAGUAGACUUCUAUGCUGUCUCAUUUGUCAAGGAUGCUAGAGUGGUGCACGAGUUAAAAGAGUACCUCAAAAGUCAUAAUGCUGAUAUACACGUGAUUGUAAAAAUUGAAAGUGCAGAUUCCAUACCAAAUCUUCAUUCCAUACUUUCUGCUUCAGAUGGGGCCAUGGUUGCUCGUGGGGAUCUUGGAGCUGAACUUCCAAUAGAGGAAGUUCCUUUAUUGCAGGAGGACAUCAUAAGGAGAUGUCAAAGCAUGCAAAAGCCAGUUAUUGUGGCAACAAAUAUGCUUGAAAGCAUGAUUAAUCAUCCCACGCCCACAAGGGCAGAAGUCUCGGACAUUGCAAUCGCAGUAAGACAAGGUGCUGAUGCUAUCAUGCUUUCAGGGGAAACUGCACACGGAAAAUUUCCUUUGAAAGCUGUUAAAGUUAUGCAUACGGUGGCUCUUAGGAACGAAUCCAGUGUUGAAAGCGGUGCUGCUUGUCCAAGUCUGAGUUCCCAUAAAAGCCACAUGGGAGAAAUGUUUGCUUUCCAUGCGACAACAAUGUCUAACACUCUUAAUACCCCCAUUAUUGUUUUCACCAGAACAGGAUCCAUGGCUACUCUAUUGAGCCAUUAUAGGCCUUACUCAACAAUCUUUGCAUUCACAAAUGAAACAAGGAUUAAGCAGAGGUUGGCACUUUAUCAUGGCGUUGUGCCUAUAUACAUGCAAUUUUCAAAUGAUGCAGAGGAGACUUUCUCUAGAGCCCUCGAGCUACUAUUGAGUAAGGGUCAUUUACACGAGGGACAGCAUGUUACACUUGUUCAAAGUGGAGCACAACCAAUAUGGCGUGAGGAAUCCACUCACCACAUACAAGUUCGUAAGGUUCAUGAAUAAAAUUUUAUGAAGGGUCUUUGUUACUCGUAGUUGUACAGAUUUUUUUUUCUUCUUCAGUAUCAUAGUUAUUCUUACUUUCAAUAAUACCUAUGGCUAUUAUGUACUUGAAACAACAAGGUUGGAUUGUAAAGUCAUUUUCAAAAUGCAAAUAUUUAUUGAUCAGGAAUUUCAGUAUUCUCCUUAAAGUUCUUUUAUAACUAUCUAUUUUGUUAAUAUGUCGUGUUGAUAUUUUAUCUUGGCUGAAAGAAUAAACGUUGACCUUUGCUGUUUGCGCAACCAUGGUGGAAUGUGUUUAUUUGAUUUUAUAUGAUAAUUGGGCAGAGUUCCUCUUGGCUCACGAGGGUAAGGCUAUGUAAUGCUGUCUUCUGACCCUUAUUAUGCCUAUAUCGCUAUGACUUGGGAACUCGUGCACUGGCUCACCCUUACAAUUAACUUGUAUAUUUUUUUGUUUCAACCGUUUUACCUUUCCCAUUUUUUGGUCUAUACGUUUGAAAGAUGACAUUACAUACACACACAUAAAUAAAUAAAACAAAAGAAUACAGAAGAACAAUUAUUUGUUAUGCCCUACUUUUUCACCUUAUUCCCAUUUCGAUUAUGUAAAAUUUGAUUCUGUGGACUGUAAGUAUUGCCUGUUAAUUCCUCUGAUUGCUACAGCAAAUCUUCCUAAU